AUGGAUCCAUUCGCAGGACGGGAGCCUUCUCUCUCCACCUCUCCAGAGCCCGCAUUGGUGCAGCUUGGUCAAGAGCCUCGACACGCUACGGAGCGAGCCUACCAGAAUACUGCCCUGGACCUUUCCCGAUCGGCCCGGGUCCCGAUGCUAGCCGGCAGCUCCCAAGAAAUGGCCGGCCCAAGCAUUGAAGACACAACCUGUCACAAAGGCCUCUUGCCACGGCUUCCGGCGCGCCUGCAGAUAGUCACGCGAAACGCUGACAGUUCUAUGUACUCUCCGCUCCCCCCACAUUGCGCAAUAACGCUGGAGCAGCGCUCUUUGUUUCAGGGCGUUCGAGGCGGCGCUCGCUGGAUUCGCGCUGCCCUGCACAAUAAUGCUGUGGUGGCCGCUGUCCGUACGGAAAAGGAGGCCAUGGCAGAUGCGCCCGCUGCGGGCCAUAUUGCGCAGGUCAACCAAAAGUCCCUUGCUUCGAUCUUUGAUCCAUGUCAGCCAUCAUGCACGCGGAUGGAGAAGACAGAGGAGCAGCGACGACGAGGCGACGUCUUCGCACGGCACAAGCGAGCCAAUGAGCGCGGGGCUUGGCGCACCACACAAAGUUUGCUGCUUCGACGUGCAAGUUCGAACGACUUCCAGUGCCUGUACACAUUCCACGGCUGUCGCCUUCUUAGGCUCCGCGCUCAGCAGACGUCUAUCAGGUCAGCUCAGCUCAGCGCAGCUCCACGCGCUGACGCCUGCUGCCACAUACUCGCUGCUGACGCGCGGGCCAUCGAUUGGCUACCACUGACGCUUCACCAAUCUGCCCGGACAAAUGUGUUAAUCUACGGUACGCGCCCGGCCGACCAAGGAGGCACCAGCGCGGCCUCGAGUCGUGAGAAGUCGGCAGGCUCAACGCCAACGCCAUGUGCUGAUGAUGUCGCCACAAGGAACGAGUCUCACGGAUGCCUGCAGAAGUCCGUUGGCAUUUCCAGGCACCUCUUUCACCGCCACUUUGGCCCCGCCGCCGCCGCCGCCGAAGCCGAAGCCCUCGACGGCCUACCUCCACCGGCCUGGACCACACGAGCCGGACGCCUCGCCCAGGCCGACCAGAAUCCCCAUUCGAGUCCGAAUCCUGAAACGAUGGGCUGGUCGUCUAGCCGGCGCUCGACCGGGAAAGCCCAAAAUGGCCGAGCAUGCAGCGCCUCUCUCGAGACCUCCCAACAAACGCUGCUUCCCGCUCUCACUUGCACGACAAACAACACCUCGAUCCUCCGCGAAUUUGUCAGAGACUUCCGAUCACUGCGCGCUGCGGAGCCGCCUGUCCGUGUUCUCGUGAUCAAUCGACACCCGUUUCGAACCCUUUCUGGCGAGCAUGCGCAAUCUGCACCAUCGACCGGGCGCUGCACGCAUUCAGACACUGGCAGACGUCCUGCACUGAUGCACUGCGUCUAUGGGAGAUCUGCACCUGGUACAACUCUUCGACGCAGCACAGCGCCACUACACACUCGAACUGACUGUCGACAAAAUCGCACACCGCACGUGCCGUUCCUGUGCUCCACGUUAACCACAUCUCCUUCACAAAGACCGACGAACACCUGGUCCAGAGUGCAACAUGGCUUUAUCCUGAUCAGGGCAUUGAAAGGUCCGCCAUGUCGUGGCUCUGAGCUUAUCAAGGGGACCUGCUGUACCUUGCAAGCUGUGCAUCCGGUAUGUACACUGGCGCCUGCUACCCAAUCUCAAAUUUACAUCCGAGAACCUGGUUUCCCGCAUCCACCGCAUCGCAACCUUUCCCUACCAUGUUGUCUCCCGGGGCAGGGGCUGCAUCUCAACGCCUCCGACUGGGGAUGGCGCAACUGGCUUGAUGAAAAGUCAGCAGGUUUCAUGAUCGGCGUCAGCACUCCACGGCGCGUCGACGUAAUUUCUCCGAAGGCUCGCUCCCGCAUCCUCCACAUGCCUCGAUCUGCUCAUAGCCACGUCGUGAUCGCUGGCAUGCGUCUACACACCUGUUUCGGUGUACUCCUCAUCUGCCCUUUCUGCGAGCGCAGAACCUCCCUGAGGUCCGUCUCGAAUGCUCAAGACAGACCAGACGACACUGUGCUCACGGCAGAAAUCCGCGUUUUGGAACACAAUUUCGAUGUUUGCUACACGAUCGAUGCUGAUCAUCAGUGGUUGGACAGCAGGAAGAUCGCGGGCAUACCUCCAGCGAGACGGGUCCUUCGUGUGAAGGACAUGCUUGGAUGCUACGGCACAGAGUCGCCAAAAUUUUGCAGCAGGCAGGCUACCAGGGUCGAGGCUCAGAACAUCGCGCUCUCCACUCCAUCGCCUUCUCCGUUGGGUUGCGAACGGUUUAUCUUGGAUCCGAAAAUUUACCUGACAGGUGUCACGCAGAGUUCGUUGGCGUGGAAUUUCCCCGAACAUGGCUACAAGUCAAAACUUGGUCAGAAACAAAGAAAGAACAUUCUCCCAUCCUUGGCAAAACCAACUCCUUCCAUCACAUCCUCAGCUCAUAUGCCAACGCGACUCCAGCUUAUGAGAAUCUCCGUAGACUUAUCACCCAUCAAGGGACUGCCUUGCAAUAGACCAAAUCCCGCCCUCAUCGACCGGCGUUUCAUCGACGUGACAAUACAGCGACACGGGUCCAUCACCAACCAGUCCCUCGGUGUUUCCGCAGAACAGGAGUUUGACGAGAGCAGGGCGAGGGGGAAGCCCGAUGCGUGGCUAUGGAAGAUACGUAUGUUCUUCGCGGGUAGCGGCUGGGGAAGCACAAGCACGAAGGAGCUCGCCUCAGAUUCAAUUAUCUCGAUUCUAAUCCAGCCAUCAUCCAACAAAUUUCCGAAAACAGACGAGGAUGGAUGGAUAAUGCUAUGGUCAGAAUUCUUACCCACUCCAUCCGCUGAUCUCCUCACAGCCACACAACAAGAACGAAUAAACAAGAAAUCCCACGAACACAGCAUCGGGUAUUCGCAAAUCGAGCAGGGAGGGUGGUGUGCAUUCCGCAGUGCGGACCUCUUCCUAAUGCUCGCACAGCACAAUCAUGUUCGAUUUACAAUCUUCCGCCUCAGUCAUUCACACGCCCACCCCAGCCUUUCCAAUCUCACUGUCUCGAGAGAAAGUAGCAUUCAUCCAUCUCCAUCUCUGAACAUCUCCGAAUCUACCUACCAAGCGAAAAUACCCUCAAAGCGAAGUAGCUGUAGAUACUCCAGAUUCUCAUUCUCAUUCGCCGUGCCAUCGCUCUCCCUUUACAUACAUGUAUCUGUGGGUUCCCCCUAA